AUGCCAGGCUUCGAACCUGACAGUGGAUCAGAAGAAGACACUGCUGCCAUGGAAGAAGAAAAGAACAAGACAGAAAAGAAGAAGGGGUCAUUUGGAAUGCUUUGUGAAGCCACUCUGUUGGCUGAUUUUCAGGAGUUUGUGUCAAAGACUCUUUUGCCCAUUAUUCUGCUCCAGAAAGCAAGCUUAGCAACCAACAAAUCAAGAGCCAGACACGCCCAAGAUAAUGGAGAAUCUGUCAACUUUGAGUAUGAUGAUGACCACAAGGAGGAAUUGGCAGAACUUUCCAUAGAGUCAGAAGCGAGGAACAAUCCAAAUGGGUCCUUUGUAAUGGAUCUUGAUGUAGGAUCCCAGUAUGGGGCUAACUAUCUUCCUAAUGAUAUUACAUUGCCAACUAUUAAUUUUGAAGUGGAUGAUCCACAUGUGACGGGUCCCAACGGUGAGAAUAUCUCCUUGCCCCAUCCAAUCAACCCCUUCAAGUUCAGACCAGAUCCCCAAGACAAACCCGAUUUAGUGGAGACCACUGUGACCAUCCUCGAUGACAAACGCAACAUACAACAAUUAAGCACACCUAGAGCGACGCCAUUUCUCUUCUAUUUGAUGGAUUUGCCCCAGAGAUGGCCUGAUAAGUCUGUAGUAAUCAAGUGA